AUGAAGCUGUUAGUGCAGUUCUCGGAGCGGGCCAGCUGCUACGUAGCCCUGCACAGUAGCGAUGCUGGGGAACUCUUCAAGACCUCGGCGCGGCAUUUCUGCCGCUGCUUGCGCUUGCAAUGCGCCAAAGGAGAUGUGUUUGUCGGCUGGGCGGGAGAUCACUCUCUCCGUCAGGCGUGCCUUGAGAUAUCCAAGCCCUUCGCUGAAUCUUUAGGAUUGAAAGAAGGUGAGCAGGUUGAGGCCGUUGCGCACGCCGCUCCCAUUGCCAGCAGCGUUAUGGUCCAGCCGAACCGAAUUGAAGAUUGGGAGGUGGUGGAGCUGCAGGCCGGCUUCAUCGAGGAGAACUUGUUGUCCCAGGUCUCCGUGUUGAUGCCCGGCAUGAUCUUCCCCGUGUGGGUGCAUGGUCAGCUCGUUGCCAAACUGCAGCUCGACCCAGCCGACCCCAACACGUCUGAAUGCUUCAUGCUUGGCCGGGAUACGGAGCUGGCCAUUGAGUCGCGCCAGCGAGAGCGAGAGGGGGUGUCCAUGUCAGCUGACGAAGAAGAAGAGAUAUUUCACCUGCGGGUGUUUGGCUUUGACGAGGAUGCUUCUAUGCCUCUUGGCCUUCUUCGUAAGGAGGACCUGGACUCCAUCGCUGGCGGUUUGUCGAGCUGCCUCAUGUGGCUUGAUGCACCAUGCCUGGAGAGGCCGACUGACCAACCCGAAACGCAGCUUCUGCGGCUGACGGUGGACACCAAGGCGCUGGUUCCACCAGGACAUGUGAUUCUGGGCGCCAGCUUCGCGGAGUGGCUCGGCCUCCCGCGCUUCGGCCUGGCGAAGCUCCGGCGCUGUCACCAGGUGCCGGUGUUCGUUCCUCGCGUGGAGUUGGUGCCCUGCGGUCCUGGCUGGGAAGGAGUCAGCCCAUCCUUCAGAGAAGACACCUGCUGGCUUCGUCGGCGCUUCGAAUCUCUGGUCAAAGCCCAGGGUGAAGUUCACUUGGCAGACGGCGCGCCCUUACUCCUGCGGCCUGAGAAGGAUGCCGAGGACGUGGUGAAGGACUCGCUGGCUCCGACCAUGGCAUCCACCUGCACAGUCGGCAGUGGUUCAGAGGCUGAUUUAUACGAGGGCCUGUCUGACAUCGAUGACAUCUAUCAGCAGCUGCUUCAGGUCUCACUCAUUUGGGGCCGAUUAUCGCAGCAGCCCAGGCGGCAAGAGCUUCCAAUUUGCGCAGAUGCCGAGUGCGGUGUGUACGAGGCAUGA